CUGGCUGCGCUCCACAACCAAGAUGGCGGACGCCCCUUCACCUGGGGGUCAUGUGCUGUUUCCCGUCUAGCCAAGGCACCUCGCACUCUAUGACCACCGGGCGGAGGACUGGGAGGCUGCCUGCAGUUGUCGCUGUCGCCCGAAGUGUCUAGCCGAGGAGAUGGCGGCGGUCCGGGGACUGCGGGUGUCGGUCAAAUCGGGAGGCGUUAACGAACCGGAACCUAUGGAAGUGGAGGAAGGCGAGGUGGAGGCCGCGCCAGACAAGAGUCCUCCUCGGGAGGUGGUUUCGGGCAGCACCAGGCGAUAUGAAAAUAAAGCUGGAACCUUUAUCACCGGAAUUGAUGUCACCUCGAAGGAGGCCAUUGAAAAAAAGGAGCAGAGAGCAAAGCGUUUCCAUUUCCGUGCAGAUGUCAACGAUAACCAAAGAGAUGUUGUACUGGAUCGCGAGAUGAUGAGGAAAGCAAUCCCCAAAGUCCGCCUGGAAACCCUUUAUGUUAGCGGUGUGGACGAUCUGAGCACGGAGGAUAUAUUUGCCUUCUUUAAACAGUAUCCGCCCGGGUACAUUGAGUGGCUGGAUGACACAUCAUGUAAUGUGGUUUGGCUUGAUGAGGUGACCGCGGCUCGGGCCUUGCUAAAUUUGAGCACUAUGCCGACAGACGUUAAGAGCAAAAAAGGUCAACAGAGUUUAUCUGCAAAGUCCAAAGCCGAUAGAUACAAUGACAGCUCUGGGGAUGAGACAGAAGAAGGUGAAGUUGAAGAAGAUAAUCCGAGUGAUGCUGAAGAGGAGCCUGAAAAGAAGGUUUUGAGCACGGAUUUUGAGCCAGAGCCAAAGCCAGAAGUGGAUCCAGUCGGAAGAGAAAUGGACACGCUGUCUCAGGCAGAGCAGGAUUCCCUAAUGAGAAAUGAUCAGAGGCUCGCUAUUAAACCAUUCAAGGGGAACCAACUAGUUAUGAGAUUUGCCACCAAAGAUGACAAGAAAGAGAUGGGAGCAGCACGAAGAAGCCAAUAUUACUUGAAGUAUGGAAAUCCAAACUACGGUGGCAUGAAAGGAAUCCUCAGCAACUCAUGGAAAAAAAGAUACCAUUCACGCCGUGGCCAAAGAGAUUUAACUAAAAAGAGGACGUUUAUUGGAGAUGAUGCACCUGCCUACAAGCACCUUCAUUCAGGCCUGGUGAAUGUUCCAGAGGAGCCUAUAGAAGAAGAGGAGGAAGAAGAGGAUAUGGAUGAGGAUGACCGUGUUGUUGUAGAGUACAGAGAUGAGCUUCAAGCUUUUAAAAGAGAGCGGGAGGGGGCAAGACGUUCUGCAGCUAGCACCUCAGACUCUGACGAAAUGGACUAUGACCUGGAGCUGAAGAUGAUCUCCACUCCAUCGCCAAAAAAGAGCAUGAAGAUGACCAUGUAUGCCGAUGAGGUGGAGUCGCAGCUGAAAACCAUCAGGAACUCGAUGAGAUCAGAGUCUACUAGCGUGAAAAAUCGAAUUGGAAAUAAAACCUCUUCUGAGAAGCCAAGUGACAUCCGGCUCCUGCUGGAGGAGAAGAGACAGAGCGGUACAAGUAGACAGGCCACUGGUGUCAAAUCUGAUGUGCGGCAGAGGCUUGGGAAAAGACCACAUUCGCCUGAACCAAGGAAGGUUUUGAGUAAGGUUCCAGAAUCUCGCAGAGAACCCAUUUCCGAUGUGCAUAGCCGGCUCGGUGUACCGAAACAAACUGAAGGGAAGGGGCUGUACUCUGACAGCAAGGAGAAGAAAACAGGAGGCUUGUGGAAUCGAUUAGGAACAGCACCAAAAGACAAAGUCAAAACUGUGGAGAAAGGACAGAAGGUCAGCACAGCUCCAGAAGAAGAUGACUCCGUGUUGCAGCAAGCCUGGGGAGCUUUAAUUAAAGAGAAGGAACAGAUUCGGCAAAAGAAAAGCCGUUUGGACAACCUGCCUUCCUUACAGAUUGAAAUCAGCCGGGAGAGCAGUUCUGGCUCUGACACAGACUCAUGAUCAUGAUGAUAGACUUGCGUUUCUUGGGACAAUGGCUUCCUGUAGCAUGGCAGCAACUUGAAAAUGUGCCGCUCCUGCCUUUCAGACAAUUGUUUUAUACUGAAGCUGAGACGCCAAUAGUGGUAGCUGUGUUCUCAACAAGGCUCUGCAAAAUUGAUGGCUCAGUCUACCUGGGGAUUAAAAUGUAUUGGUUAAUAUGCAGUGUUUCCUUUUUAUAUCUGAUGUAAACUUACUGUGAAUCAGGAUAAAACACCUUUCAUUUUAAAUAGUUUUUUUUUUCUUUG